CUUCCUCCAUGUUCAAUGGCAUGUGAACGAGUGUAAACGAUGGUUGUUUAUGCCAAUUUACACAAAAUAUAAUUUCUUCUUCAUUUUAUCAGGGUGAAACGUGUAGUGCAAUUGUCGGUGAUAAUUUCGAAGUUUUAAUUUUUAGGUGUCUUGUAUUACGGUACGGGGAUGGAGUCUGCUGAGAGUAACAAGAGACCCCAUUCCGGGGAUGAAAAUGAUUUCGGCAACAAGAGAGGGAAGUUCUCCAGCAGCUCGCCUUGUGGGAGGGGAGGAGGUGUCAGAUUCAAUGAAUUUACAGGGGGGCAGGGUGAGGGACGGAUGGGGCGUGGGUUCAGGGGGUCCAGAGGAGGUAGGGGUGCUGGUGAGGAUAGGGUCAGGAGGCCGUGGUGCAUUUCCAGGGCGAGAAGCCGGUGGAUUCAGGGGAGGCCGUGGCGGAUUCAGGGGUGGAGAAGGCGGUGGGUUCAGGAGAGGGCGUGGUGGAUUCAGGGGUGGAGAAGGCGGUGGAUUCAGGGGAGGGCGUGGUGGAUCCAAGGAUGUAGAAGGCGGUGGAUUCAGUGGAGGGCGCGGUGGACUCAAGGAUGAAGAAGGAGAUGGAUUCAGGAGAGGGCGUGGAGGAUUCAGGGGUGGAGAAGGCGGUGGGUUCAGGAGAGGGCGUGGAGGAUUCAGGGGUGGAGAAGGCGGUGGAUUCAGGGGAGGCCGUGGCGGAUUCAGGGGUGGAGAAGGCGGUGGGUUCAGGAGAGGGCAUGGUGGAUUCAGGGGUGGAGAAGGUGGGUUUAGGGGAAGGCGCGGUGGAUUCAAGGAUGGAGAAGGCGGUGGGUUUAGGGGUGGGCGCGGUGGAUUCAGAGAAGGUAAAGGUGGUGGGUUCGGGAAAAUUGAGUUCAGAGAACGUAGAGAUGGGGUUUCUAAAUGGGACAAGGAAGCUGUGAUGAACAAAGUUGAUGGACUAAUCGGCGAUAAAAGGGAAGAGAAAGUGUUUGCCGAUUUCCCGGAAUGGAGUGCUAAUUCAAUACACGAAAUGUUGAUUUCUCUGGAAGAUGAUCUUAAUAGAAUUCCCAAGAUGUGCCAGAGGUAUUGCGGGGACAGUUGCCGGAAGAUGCUGCCAAAUGUGAAAGGUUGGCAACCAGCUCAAUUCAAAAGUGUUUGGGAUGAAUUAGUAAAAAAAUUGGAACCUCCCACGUUUCAAAAUAUCCUCGAUUAUAUCAAAAGGUUUUUAGUGAGGAAGCAACCAAAGCCAAUCCCUCCAAAGCUUCGUAGUCAGGUCCCCAGGUUAUUCAGGCGACCACAGCGUGAAUUCCAGCAGAUGGAGAACAUACCAAAGCUUAAGAGAAAAAUCCUGAAACAAAUAUUUAAAAGUCUACAGCCUUGUGAAAGAGCCCGAUAUAUGGCAAAUUAUACAUCAAAGUGUAUAAAUUAUGAAUUGCAGUUAUUCAAUUGCUACAAAGCCGAUCCGGAAAUGUUUGUAGAUAGUGCUAAAAUGUGGAGCGCAUUGAGAGCUGAGAGUUAAAAUAUGGACAAAUGUUAUGUUUGUACUAUUGGUUGAGCUUUUUAUCAUAUUCAAAAUAAAGAAAAGUAAUAUUUAUCCUGACUUUGACUUGGACUAUUUUCUUUUCAACUGUGGUAAUCUCUGGAACGAGUGAACCAAGCAGAUGCCACAGAAUGAGGUGAGGAAGGGCAUGGGGAAGAGGGAGAGGGUCAGGUGAAGGAAGGGUAGAGUGGAGAUACAUAGAGAAUAAUUCAUUCCUUGUCCCUUAAUAGAUAGUUGUGAUUAAUAAUCGCCCAGACAACUUUCAAACAGUCUAUGUGAAUAAAAUUGCUGUGCGUCUCUAUGAUUUUAAAAUAACGUUUUUGUUGUUGUUUUGUGUUUUUUUUUUUUUUAUUUUUUAAACA